AUGAAAGUAUUCAGUAUCAGUCAGGGCUCACUACUCAAGUCAAUCACGACCAAGUCAGGGUGUAUCCCAGAAGACAUAGCAGUUACAAAACAUGGUCAUCUUGUUUAUACUGAUCCCAGAGACAGAACUGUUAACAUUGUGAAGAAUAGAAAGAUAAAGACUGGGUACCUGCGCAGCACAGUUAAGGCUGCAUUUGAUGAUGAGGGUAAACCUCUCUUCUCAUAUGGUUAUACUAAAUACAUCAGUGAGAAUAAGAACCUGGAUAUCUGUGUGGCUGAUAAUAAUGCAGAAGCAGUAGUAGUCGUCAAUCUGGCCGGGAAACUGAGAUUUAGGUACAAUGGGCAUAAAUCUGCUCUAGGGAGUAAAAGUCACAUCCUGACAGCGGAUUCCGUCAAUAACUGUGUCCACAUCAUUGAUCAGAAUGGACAUUCCUAA